AUGUGGUGUUAUUUAUUUAUUUUUUUUCUUUUUGUCCUGGGAUGGACAGGAUUUUUAUUGGUAGUGUUACUGGGCAAUAGGCGGGUAAGAGCAAAGAAGUGCACUGUGGAUUACAUUCGAGAUGAAGACUUUUCUUCUUUUUUGUUCAUAAUUUGUUUCCUUUCAUUUUUCUUCACCUUCUUCAGUUUCUUAUUUGUUUACUUUGGUUUGUUCUUUUUUUAUCGCUUGCUUUCUUUCAUCUUUCCUUCAUCUGUUUUAUUCUUUCUUUCUCUUUUUUAUUCAUUAUUUCUUUUCUUCAUUUUCUGUUUAUUUAUUUUUUCCGUAUUUAUUUAUUUGUUUCAUAAUUUUUUCCUUUCUUCUUACACUUUUUCCUUCAUUUAUUUCCUUCUUUUUCUUUUGUUUUGUUAUAUCUUUCUCUUUCUUCUAAUUCUUAAUUUUCUUCUUUUUCAUGACUUUUCUUUCUUUGCACUCUUUUUUCUUUCUCAUCAUUUCUUUCUUUCUUGUUUUUUUUACAACUUUGAUUUACUUCAUGUUUUCCUUAUUUGGCUGCUAAUUUUCUUGUUUCUUUCUUGCUUUUUACUUGUUUUCUUACUUUUCUUAUUUCUUUUUCUCCCACUCUCUUCAUUUGCUUUACUGUUUCCAUUUCACCACUUUCUUUCUUUCUUUCUUUCUUUCUUUCUUUCUUUCUUGCUUGCCUGCUUAAUUAAUUGA